ACUGAACUGGGCAUCCUCCAAUGCGGGCACGUGGAAGUUGGAGUGCUGGCGUUACGCGGGGCAGGGAUUGUGCUAAUUGACAUGCUGCAAACAAGCUGCAACUAAGUCCGAACUGCACCGAGAAAAACUAUCUGCCGUGUGAAAGCGCGGAUGGUGGCAGAACAUACUUUCCAUUCACAAAAGCAUUCAUUCACCUCGCUAAAGUAAAAAGAGUUGUGCCCCUCGGGAUGUGAGGAUGUGGAUAAGCACGCGGCUGAGGAUGAGGGGCAGUUGGGAUUGAAACUGCGACAGCUCCACGCGCCUGCAAAGUAAAAGCUCACUCGGCGAUCAGCUUUGGGCUUUGAUUGAUGGCUGCAAAGCUCCGGUUGGCGUCAACAAGUGGCUUUUCCACCCCCACAUCCGGAUCCAUGGAAGCCACCGCUUUUCUUGGCCGCGAACCAGUUAACAUAUCAGUUAAAACAUAUGUACUUACGAAAUUUAAAAGUGAAAACCAUCCGAAUUGAAAGGAAAUCUUGGAAAUCGUUGUCGAAUUUAUAUUCAGUGCUAAACAUCUGAGAAGGAAACCAAGGGAUUGAGGACUCUGAAAUCAAACAAACAUCUGAAUUUGAGUUUACCAUCAUUUACCAUCAACUGAACUUCACAUCAGUAGCAAACAUUAUAUAAUCCAUAUAAGUAAUUAAUGUUUUGGUGUGAAUCACAUAUUUAAUCUCAAAUCAAUAUAUCUUAAACUAAGUCUGCAAAAUCUUUACGAUCAAGAGUGUCAAAAGAUCGAACGAUGCAAAACUUAUUCACCAUUUAAAUAUAUCAAUGUUUAAUUAAACAUAAACCCAUGUAUGCAAUCAACUUGAUUGAGACUAGAAAACCAAUAAUGAACUAAGUCAAAAUAUCAACACUUUAGACAAGUAUAAGUACACACAAGUAUAUAGUUCUGUACGAUCUGUUGCUUAGUACAUCAAUAUAAUCGAAUAGUCUUAACGAACCCAUUUGAGAAAAGCUAUUGAAAGUACGCUGAAUAUUAUUAAUUACAACACUAUUGAUAUCAAUGAACACACCAAGAAGAGCUUAAAAAUGCAUCCCAUACUUGAUCGUUACUAUAGUGAUCGAUAUCAGAUCAAGCUUAUCACCCGAUAUUUGAUUGAACUCCUUCGAUUGAAAAAGAAGGCAAAGCGCGCUUCCGAAUUAUCGCAGUAAUCAACUGAAUUUAAAAAAAGGACAACGCUACAAGCCACUGUUUAAACAUCGGUUUCAAGACACCCUCCAAAAAUCCCAAAUCCAUACCGCAUCGAACCAAUACUUGCAUCGAACUAUGAUAUAAACUGUAUUUCCGAAAUUGAGAACAUUCGAAUUGCGAUCGCAUCUCGCAAUCAAACCGAUGUAGCUUCAUAGAUGACUUGUAAGCAGAGCGCGCACCUGAAGCCAAAAAUAUUCAUCAGGAGUGUGCAGAACCACCCAGGACAUGUGAUCUAAGGACGUGGAAAGUCGCAGUUGUUCAUAAAAGAAAAAAUUAAAGAAAGAAGGAGAGAGAGAGAGAGAGAUAGAGAGAGUGAGAAGGAGAAAAUAUAUAGCAGAAUAUUGAGAAGAGUUGUAGACGCGACAUGGAUACCAAGUUGGAGGCGCGUGGCCAGUUUCCGGCCUCGUUUCCGGACACUUUCAAGAACUUCUUUGCCAUGAUGAACGAAGACGAGGAUCAUGUGGGGCUGUUUGCCAAUCUGCUGGAGGACAAGGUGAUUCCGCGGCAGAACAGCCCCGUGCAGCCCCAGCGGCAGCGGUACGGCGGCAGCAUGCGGAGUCACAGCGGCGGCGACCGCUCCGAUCGCAGGGGUCGCGCCGAGCGGCAGUACCAGCAGCAGAUCCAGAGUCAGCAGCAGCAGCAACAGCAACAGCAGCAGCAAAACGCCCAACAGGUGAGUGCUUUUGUUAUGGUUUCUGUUUCAAUACACAUGUGCAUACACCUGCAGCAGCGCGCCUUUCAGCCGCGCAGUCGCAGCGGCAGCGGCAGCAGCGUUGACCUUUACGCGACCCGAAAUGUAAGCUUCACGACCCCCACCAACCGGGUCAACUCGCUGCGGAGGAAUCGCUCGCGAGGAUCGCUGACCACCCUGAGCAGCAAUGGCUUGAAUGCCCUGGGCCUGGGACCCGUGACCCUGGCACCGAAUGUCAGCUCGAGCAGCAGCGGUAGCGUCCUGGACUUGACCUUGCCGGGUGGCAACGGGCCUGGUGAUGGAGGAAGCGGCCCGAAUGUGUAUCCCUCGCCCGCGAAGUCGAACCUGAAACCUGCUCUGAAGGCAAGCAACUCGUCUGUGGACCGUGGAUCCGCUCUCUUCCUAGGAGUCGGCGGUAAAUUGCUUUGCGAUCGCAUUGAGUACUGUUGUCUGCACCAUGAUCAUUCCGCAGAUGACAUCCAGCAACGCCAGCAGCCGCUCAAGAAUCAGCAAGUAGGUCCUGGACAGAAGCACGUGACCAUGGCCUGUUGCGAGUGCGUUUGUGGCAGUGGCAAGGUUCCCCGCUCCGUUCCCGAUGGCGAGGACAACUGUGGGGCGAACUACCUGAUGGGCUACUCUGGCGGAUACAUGCUGCCACAAACGCCGAAGGGAAAGUCCAUCGACAAGACGAGCACCUUCACUUCCGCCGAGCUGGCUGCCUCGAAGAACAAGGAUCUGCAGGAGCGACAGGAGCGGCAGGAGAAACGUGGGUCGGUCAUCCUCGAAAGGGCUUUCGACUUCGAUGCCAGCUGCGACGAGAGCGACAGCAUUGGCAGCAGCACCCACAAUCCCGUGCCCUCGCCGGCUCCCCACCAGCUGGCCUACAAUGUGCUCAAGCCGAUCCUUAAGCAGCCGCAGCAACAGCAGCAGAAGGCAAUGAUGCAGCCGCCACAUCCACAGAUAAAUACCCAGCAACAUCAAGGAGUUGCGCAGCAGCAAUAUCAACCGGUGCCGCAUCAGCAGCUGGGGGGCAACCAGCAGCACCAAGUGGUGACCCAUCACCCCCCACAGCCCCAUCAACAGGUGGCCCACCAGCCACAUCCAGGGGGCGCCCACCAGCAGCACCAAGUGGUCGCCCAUCCGGCACACGCCCACACCCACGCACAGGUGAACCACCAGCAGCCCGUGUUGCAGGUGCAGCUUCCGACCCCCGGGGUGCACGUGGUGCACCGCCUGCUGCCCACGCCGCCCACCCACAGCGGAAAGGGGGCGUACCACACGCGCGAGGCGGCCUUGCAAAGGGUGCAGCAGCAGAGCGGCUUCUACAACCAGGGGCCCAGCACCUCGGCAUCCGCCUACGGCUACAACCAGGCCAUGGAGCACCAGCAGAUGCAGCAGCAACUGCACUACGAUCCGCACCAGGAUCUGCAGUUCGAGCAGCAUCAGCAGCAGCAGCUGCAGCAUCAGCAGAUGCAGUUGCAGCCGCAGCAUCAGCAACAGCUGCAGCAGCAGCAUCCGCAACAGCUGCAGCAUCCGCAACAGCUGCAGCAUCAGCAACAGCUGCAGCAUCAGCACCAGCAUCUGCAGCAGCAGCAUAUGCAGCAGCAGCAUCAACAUCAGCAGCAGUACGCAGAUGACACCGAGCUGGAUUACGACACGGAGUGGGAGUUGGAUGAGGAACCUGCUCCUCAGGCUGUCCCGCCACUGACUACCUUCAACGACUUUGUCAACGCGGCGCAGAAUCCAACUGGCAGUCGACAGAGUCUACGCGCCCAAAAAUCGCCGAUUUUAAACAGGCGUCGCGCCUCAUCCAUAGCUGGAAAUCUUCUGCACUCGGAUUACACGUACACCCGGAACAGCAUCGGUGGAGCUCCGAUCGACUCCACCGACUUUCAGCGCAUUUCGCACAGCAGCAGUGCCAGGGAUCGCAUGUCUCUGGCCGGAGUUCUGACCUUUCAGCAGGCCAUGUCCGGAGCAGUGUCGCCACAGUAUGGAACAGUGGGAUCGCUGAAUCCCCAGGCAACCGGUGCCGGUGAAAACAUGCCGGGAAUCGCGGGAUCCGAUGCCGUGGGUGGCAGUUUGCCUGGCGGAUCUUCACACAAUCUAAACUUGACGGUGGGCUUGGGGUUUCUCGGUGGUUCCAGCACCACUUUGGCUGCUGUCGCCGAGGUGACUAGUGGGCCAGAUGGCAAUGGCGACUCCACCGACUCCCCGUCCCCGGUCUCCAUGAUUCCCAGCAAGCAGCAAAAGCAGCAGCAGCUGUUGCAGCUGCAGCUGCAGCAGGAGCAACAGCACCUGCCCACCCACUUGCCAAUGAAGCGGGAACGAGGCGUAGGCGAGUCCUCCGGAGCCAGCACAUCCGGCACCGCCAUCGCCGAACUGGCCUCCUCCGUCGUCCUGGCCUGCCAGUCCGGAAAACCCAUGACUGAGCGGCAACGCCUAAGGACAUCCAGCAUGCCGGCGGAAAGUAGAAGGCCGCGUCUGGCGGAGAUGCGACGCUCGGCCAUUCAUGCCGGUGAUCCGGACAUGACCUACUAUCGCCUGCGGAGCUUCAGCAUCACUUCCCACGGCAUCUGCAACUUGGGCGAUUCCCUGAGAAGCCGCAGGUCACGUUCCAUCAACUCCGUGACUUCCACCGGCACCUCGAACAGCGGCGUGGAUCGACACAAUAGCAACGCGUCGGGGGCAUCAGGCGAAGUCGUCGACGGGGAUCCCAAUGUUCCUGCCUACAAAAUUGCCAUGCUCGGCGCCUCCGGAGUGGGCAAAACCACCCUGACUUACCAGUUCACCACUUCCGAUUACAUAUGCGCCUACGACCUCAGUCUCGAUGAUGAUUACGGACAGAAGACUGUGUCGGUGCUGGUCGACAACAUUGAAACGGAUUUGGAAAUAAUUGAUCAUCCCGCAUGCGAGAUGUCGACGGAGGCCUUCUGCGCCACCUACAACAUCGACCUCUUCGUGGUGGUCUACUCUGUGAUAGAUCGAAACACUUUUGCCGCAGCCGAGCGUGUCCUGCAGUAUCUCAAGGAGAACGAGAUGCUCUUGUCCCGCGGAGCCAUCCUUGUGGCCAACAAAACGGAUUUGCAACGACAUCGAGUCGUCACUCGUCAGAUGGGCCGCAAGGUGGCCAAGGAAAUUGCAUGCAAAUUCAUUGAGACAUCUUCCGGACUGGAUCACAAUGUAGACGAGCUGCUGGUCGGCAUUGUGGCGCAAGUGAAACUCAAUCCGCAGCGUUUGCGAUUGCUCACCGAACUUGAGCUGCAGCGCCUGAAUUUGCAAAGCACUAUCCAGAAGCACCGUGGCAUGCACCUUCAAACCCGUCGGAUGGUCCGACAAAUGAGCGUUUGUCAGGAUGACGAGGAGAUUUUCGAUGGCGGAUUGCCGGAGAGGCUGCAGAACGGCGAGGCCAACAACGAUCCGAGUGCCAACGACGGAGUGCCCAGCACUUCGAAGGCCGGUCGCUCGCGUAUCGAGAAUCCCAACCGGAAGCCCUUGAACCUGGAGAGCAUAUUGAAGAUGGGCGAGAGCGAGGUGGACGAGGACGAGGAUGUGGUCAAGUCGUCGCAGCUGAGCAAGUUCAAUAUGCUGGCGGCCAGCAUACGUCAUCGUCGUCCAUUCCGCAAGCGUCGCUCGUUCGACGGCGGCGUUUCCACAUCUGCAGCUGCGGAUGCAGCCGCCGAACUGCAGCGGCGCUAUCAACUCCGAGCCAUGGAUGACCUGCAGCUGGAGGGACGACUGGCAGGAGCGACGGAGGAGCGGUUUGGGGAGAGAAGUGGACUGGCCGACAGCGAUGACGAGGAGGAUGGCGAGGAGGCAGUGGACGGAGGACACCGGAAUGCCUGCAACCGCAAGGUGGUGAAGAAACUGACCGCCCGCACCAAGGUAUUCAUCUCGUCGGUGCUGCGCUUCAAGAAGGCCAUCAGCCUCAAGCGGCGCAACUCCUCCAGCUGCAGCGAUCUCUUCGUGAUCUAAACAGUUGGCGGCGGCGGCAUAAGAAGUAGGAAGUAGGAAGCAUAGACUGAAUGUACAUAAACGGAGUAUAGGAGGAGGCGAAGUAGGAGCAUCGAACAGGAAACGAACCGGAACAAUCCAUACCAGGAGAUAGAUCCAGAGACCAAGAACGCAGGCACAACGAAACAGCAGCGCAAACCGAGGUGGAGUCGAACACGGAAGUGCACGAGUGCACGAGUGCAGGACGUCAACUUAUGAGGAAGUUUCCAGUUGCAUAUUAAACAAAAAUUACAGGGACAUUUUCCGUUUUAUUGGCCAAUGGGCGAUUGCAGCGAUUAGAGCCAUACACUUUGCACUUUUAGAUGGCAGCUGCAAUUCGUCUGGCGAAGGCAAACAAUUUCUAGAAAUUUAUAAUCACUUGAAAUUGCAUUUAAAAGUGUGGUCUAGUUAUCGGUGCCCGUGCGACUUGUGGACUGAACAUAUUUUGUGGACUACCUUUGCAAACAUCUGUAAGUGAUAUUAAGCAUCUAGAAAUUUUUGACAGUCUAAUUGCAUGAACAAGCAAAAGAUACACCCCUUUACUCCGAACCCAACCGGUAGGUGGCGCUGCAAAUGCGGACAAUAAUUUUCUUACAAAAAAUAUUGAUCAGCAAAUUUUACAAAAUCACAAAAAAAAGGGCUAAGCGCGUUUUAUGCAAAAGCAAAUCAAGUCCUAUCCGCUUAAAAAAAAAAUUUUAAAUGCAGCAAAAAAAUGAAAGUAUAUAAACAAAUAUCUGCAUUGUUUGAGUGGCACAUACUCGAAGGAAACAGGAAAAACCGCAAAUGCAAUAUAAGUACAUACAUAUGUAGAGAUACAGGGCAAAGAAUUGCACUCUAUUUUGUUAUGUCGUUUUUGUGGUUCCUUAUAUGUAAUGAUUAAUCGCGUGGUUUCUGACGAGUUUCAAGAAAACAAAGAAUUGACUUCAUAACCUAAUCCUUAUGUGAACUUAAAGUGAUGGCAAGAAGUUGAAUAGUAGUGCAAAUAUGCAAAAGUUUUUUUUAGCCAAUGUCAUACAUGUGAAGACAAGAAAUCUGGCAAACAAAAUAAAGCCAAAAAGAGCAGUACGUAAUAGUCCAAACACAUUUGCAAUCUUUACAUCAUUUUUUAUAGUGGCACGCAUAUUAAUGGAAUUCAAUUUCAUGAUGCCAACGGUCCAACUUAAUUGCUCAACUAUUAACACACUCUUUAAACAUUAUUGUAUACAUUUAAAUAGCUUAUUUUACAUUUUUACAUUUACCCUCCUUUGUGAUAGUCCUAUAGUUGCUUCUUACCAAACCUUCCACCAACAAUAUAGGUAUUAAUAUAUUUUUCCUAUAUUACUGCAAUUUACAACAAAGCAAUGUGAGAGCUUUUUGUAAGAUGUGCACCUUUGGAGCUGCUGCUCGUUUGGCUAUUGCUGAACUAUACAUGCAUACGUAUAUAUUGAUACAUACAAAGUAAUUGUCUAGCGCCGAGUAUUUUUUGCGCGUCUAUGAUCAAGAAUAAGCAAAUAAGUAUUUAACACUUCUAAAUGUCGUGUGGUAAGAAUACCGAAAAUACACUGCAACCACCAGCACUACAUAAGUAACACACGCAUAAUACAACAGUUACCAUCUGAACGAACAAAAAUGUUCUAUAUAAAGAAAGUUACAGCAAAUGGCUUACUACACACAGAAUAUUCAAUAUUAAUAGCUUACGAAUGCUACCAACCAGGAAAAAAGCUAAAAAAAACUAUUAAUGUGAAAUCUUCGAUGACAUCGUAGGAGGAGGCAACGUAAAUCCAAUACCCUAUAAGUUUUCCCGAUUGCUUUUGUAAUUUCGUCGCUCGCUGGAACUCGAGGCACUCAGGCAAAUACCAUAAUGACAUAAUGAGCUUACCGAAAGCCUGCAGGACUGUAUUGAAAUGGAACUGGCAAGAAAUAAUGGAUUUGGAAACUUCUUAGCGGCUGCUAUCACAAACUAAGAAAAUGUACAAAAGGAAUAGCGACCAAGCGACAAAGCAACGCGAUUUUCACAAUAUUUUUUUAUCACUUGUUUUUGAAUAUUCAAGUCAGACUUUUAAAUUGCAAAGUGCUCUUUUUUGUUAAUGUUAGUUCUCUAUUACUUUGUGUUCUAGAUGAAUACAACUUUUCGAGCUACGCUAAGUAUAUUCACUGCAUUUUAACAGAUGGUUAAAUUAUUUAUUGGCCUUGUUAUUUUUGUUGGCAACCGCCUUUAACUGACGUUGUAAUACCUGGCAAAGUUUUUGGUAGGAAGGCGGUAAAAAACCAAAUACAAAAGAAAACAAAACAAAGAAUAAGUCAUACAUUCCACCACAAUUUUUUGGGCUGCACAAGCGGCAGCAACAACAAAUAUCGUAGGUACACAAAGUCAAGAACAAGAAAACUUAAACAAAUUGAAAAAAGAACACACUCAGCUCAGCCACACAAACUCCCCAUGCUCACUCUCCUGUCAAACAUUUGAACAAUAUGGAAAAUGCCGGCAAGGAAUGUAAGAAUUGAGAAUUGUAUUGCUCAACACGAGAAGACAUUGGAUGUAUUCGGGGGAAUGAGACGAUGAGUUGUGUGCCAGCUAUCUAAGUACUUGGCCAGACUUGAUCGAAGCUUUCAGUAAACGGGAGCGCUAGAAAUCGCAAAAAAUACAGAAAGUACAGAAAAUACAGAAAACACAGAACGGAACGGAACAACGAAUCGUGAAUGACCUAAGUUGGAGAUUAAGUGCAAGUAAAGCGAAAGCGUAUGACACCACAUCAAAUACCCUGAACCUCUUUCGACCAUAACUCCAAACCAAACGAGUGCGCUGAACUCAGCUGAAAGUCCAGUGGCCAAGAGGCUUAGGGAAUAUAUAUUUAACUGGAUGAGAUUUAAUGGGGCAACGAAAUCGAUUGUCGAGAGGCAACAGAAACUGGACAUAAGCUGGGUCAAGGGAAGGAAUCCAAGGACCUGCGGACACUCUAACGGACAGAAUCACUUCGGAACUUCACCCACUACCUACUACUUCAAAAUCGAGACUGAUUUUACUGCUCCCCAACAGCACACAAAGAAAGUAUACUUACAUACAAAGUAAACAUCCCAAAUCGGAAGAGUAUCACAACCUGACCACAUGAAUUUCAACUUUCCUAACCCAUUUCGCGUACACUAUCAACACGAUAAUUUAAGAUUACAUUUACAAGUUACAGGACCUAUCGGUUGAAUAAGGUCGAAUAUACACAAAAGAAAACUACUUGAAUACAAAUAUAUAUCUUAUAUAAUUAUAUACCCCUCUUAUAUAUAUACAUAUAUGUAUACAAAAUAUAUACCAUGAAAUAUUUACACACAAGUUUUACUCCGUGCCAUUUGAGUGCGAUAAGUUAAGUUGAACCAAACUUUAUACGAAUUUCGGACAAGUUCAGCGGCAUUUUUAUGGGAAUCCAUUUGACUAAUGGUUAACUUGUUCUUAUAUAUCAUUUAAGUGUGAUACGCGAACGGAGGUUUAGUUAUAGAAAGCCAACUGGAGCUCCCUACAAUCUUGUCAUUUAUUUUGUGCCCCUCCCCCUUUCACUCCGUUCGAAUCAAAUCAAAAUCAAUGUUCCCAAAUAGUAUAAUUUGUUCCUUACAAAAUUGUUUACAAAUCAAAAGACGCCGUAGUUGUUUCUAUUAUACACGAAUAUACACUAUGAAUACUUGAAAUUUUUUGAUGUGCGUUAAACAUUUAUGAUAUGUGUGUGUUUGCAGAAACCUCUAUUUGUAAUUGAUAUCCAUAUAUAUGUAUAUAUAUAGAUAUAUAUAGAACGACAAUUUGCUCCUUUCCUGUUUUAAUUCCGAGUGAUUUUGAAGUUUCCGAGCAAAGCAAUUGGUUUAGGUGAGCAAAGGCAAAAUGGUUCCA